CGUUUCUAGCGUGAACACGAAGCGGAGUAGAUACCCCACCCACCCGGAGAGUAUCAGAAGAAGAAGAAGAGAAGGGUUUUUGGUUAUCGAUUCCUAGGAAUCGUCAUUCAAAGAUGCAAUUAACUCUUGAGUUCGGUGGAGGUUUAGAAUUGCUCUGUGACUCCAUAAAGAUUCAUAAAGUUAACAUCAACCUCCCUAAUGAAUCAGAUAUCUUGACAAUGAAGGAUUUGCUUUCAUGGGUUCGUACCAAUCUGAUCAAGGAAAGACCUGAAAUGUUCAUGAAAGGCGAUACUGUGAGGCCUGGAGUUCUCGUGCUGGUUAACGACUGCGACUGGGAGCUUAGCGGCCAGCUAGAUACAACAUUAGAAGAUAAAGAUGUUAUAGUCUUCAUUUCUACUCUGCACGGUGGAUGAAAUAUUGAAAUUAGAUUAGCCAUCAAUCAUUCUGCUCUUUUCCAACAACUUGUGAUGAACAACAUUCCUAACAAAGAUCAUUGUUAUCUUCUGAGUGAUAUAAAUGAAAUAAUAUGUUGAUCUAAUUUAUAUUCUGCUCUUUUGAGUGA